UGUGUUUAGACGACAGCGAAAGACAAAAAGAGCCACGACGACGGAUUAUUAAGUCAAAAACAUCAACAAUGUUGAAAGAGUUGGUGCAGGAGCGACUGAUGGCGGCGGCUGAUGAAAUAUUCGCGCUGUUUGAACGAACGAUAGCGUCCUACGAGGAGGAACUUUCUCGAACACGAGAGGAGAAGAAGCGACAUCGACAACAACUGGAAGCUGCUAGCAAAACUCACAACAAAGACUUCCAGCAGCUGAUUGGUCCCACUCAGACGCAGGGGAGGAUCUCCACUCUUAAGCAGAAGGAUCCACGGCCCUCCUGCAUCAAAGAGGAAGAGGUGGAGCCACAGCCCCCCCUUCUGAAAGAGGAAGAGUUCCGGACCCCUUGGGAGGGCGAGUGUCUUCCUGAUCUCACCGAGAUCAGGAAGACUGUCGUCUCCGUGAAGACUGAAGACCACAAAGACAAAUCGCCGGAGUCCUCACCGCUCCGUCACAGUCCAAGUGAGGGGAACAAAGGGGCGGAGCCUCCGAGCUGCAGCAUGACAACAGGAGACCCCCGUGGAGCGCCACUGUCCUCUGAGCCUUUGAGCAGCGAUACAGACUGGGAAGGUGAUAUCAGGACUCAAACCGACAACAGACACUUUGACCGUUCUAAAAAAUAUUUCACCUGCACGUUUUGUGCCAAAAGAUUCACCCUGAAGACAAAUUUGACUCAACACCUCAGAACGCACACCGGAGAAAAACCUUUCAGUUGCUUGAUUUGCCGGAGUACAUUUUCCCGCCGGUCCACCUUAAAAAGACACACGGGGACGCACGCGGGGGAAAAACCUUUCGGUUGCUCGAUUUGCCACAACCGAUUCGCCCAAAAGACCGCUCUGGCGUCACACAUGCGGACGCACACGGGAGAGAAACCCUUCGGCUGUUCGGUGUGCGGGAACAGGUUCUCGCACAAGUCAUAUCUGGUGUCACACAUGCGGACGCACACGGGGGAAAAACCUUUCAGGUGUUCAGUUUGCGGGAGUACGUUUUCUCAAAGGUCCACUUUAAAGAGACACUUGCGAACACACGCAGGAGGAAACACCUCUUAAAUGCUCAUUUUGUGGUCAAAGCGUUUGUCCGGGUUGAGAUUAAACAUUAUUAUAUAUUUUCAUUCCAGUUAACAGUGCACCAUUUGUCCAAACGGUCUGUUCUUCCGCUGUUGUUGUGUCAUGUGCUCUCCCCCCCUCCCAAACUGAGCCUACUCCCUCCCUCCCACUUUGU